AUAUCAAAGCCGUGCCCUUCGUUCUCUGUCACCUCAGUCUCUCACCCUUUUGAAAAACUUCCCUCUCACCAUGACUAACCCAAUCCCUGAGACUCAAAUCCCCGACGAAACCCUAAACCCCAACGCCACCACCGAACAUUACCCACAACAAGAACCACCACCACCACACACCGAUCCCCAAUUCCCCGAAACCCUAAGCCUUCCCAAUCCUAAUUCCCCCAACCCUAACCAAGAUCAAGAUUCUACCAUGCAAGACUCGAUCCCCAUCACCCUCACCGUCGUCGACGACGACGACGACCCGGAGCCCGGCGCUGCCACCGGCGGCGGUGGCGGCACCACCACCCGACGCACGACGAAGCGGAAGAAAAAGGGCCCUAAGAGAACCGCGCUGGAGAGAAAGUCUCGCGAGAAGCUCCAGGUUAUCGUCGAAACCCUAAAGCCCAUUCCUUUCACUCCCGCGAAAACCCUCGAUUUCGAGAAGCACCAGAGCCUCUUGCAGCGGCUGGGGCUCUGGGACUUCGUCCACGUCGAGUUCGAUUCGGCGCUCCGCGGCGAUCUCAUCGCGCAGCUCAUCGCGAGCUACGUCCCCAACUAUCGGUGCGGCUACGUCAAUGGGGUUAGGAUCAAUGUGAACCGUGCCGAUCUCGGCCGCGCCCUGAAGCUGCCGGUGAAGAAGUCUGGUGGCGGUGGCGCCGCCACCGUGGAUUCGAUAGACUCGGCGGAGUCUAUAGCGUUUGUUGAGGAGGUGGUGUAUAGUUGGAUGCUUCUGCAUGAUGAUGAAGCUUACAUCAUGCCUAAUGAUGUUUUGGGGUGGUUGAGUUUGAUCCAGGAUGGGAAUUUCGAGAAGGUUGAUUGGGCGGGGAUCAUAUGGUUCAUGGUGGAGAAGGAAUUGAAGGCGCCGCAGCUGGUGAGUUGUUACUACGCUUCACAUUUGCAGCAUUUGAUUAGGACGCAGCAUGAGGAGUUGUUCAAUGAGGGGGUUGAGGCAGUGGAGGAGGUGGUGGAAGAAGAGAAUGAUGUGAAGGAGGAGGGGGAGGAGGAAGAGGAGGAGGAAGAGGAGGAAGGGUUGAAGGAAGUGGUGGAUGCUAGUGGGGAUGUGAAGAUGGGCGAGGUAGAUGAUGGGCAGGUUCAGGAGUUGGAGGAACACCGUAUUGAGUUGAGUCUCGGGCAAGAUAAUAAUGUUGAGAGGGUUGAAAUGGAGAAGGAGCAAGGUGGAGAGGAGCAGAUGAUGGAUGUGAGUUUUGAGCAGUCUAAGGAGGAGGAGAUGCCUGGGAUGUGGCUUUUGGAUCAGAAGAACUGUGUGGGGGAGCCGUUUUUGCGGCCUUGUCAUGGUGGUGAUGUUAAGGGUGUGGAGUUUGAACAAUUGAGAGAGGAUGAGGGAGAAGACAUGCAGGAACAUGAGGAGGUGGAGGAGGUGGAGGAGGAGGAGGAAGAAGAGGAGGAUGGUGAUGAGGAUGAACAUGAGGGUGGGUUCCAUCUCUCGCCUAAGUGUAUUCCUAUGGAGGGGAUGUCUUCUGGGAAUGGGGGUCUCAUUCAAGUGAUGGAUGCUGGACAGAUGCCUUUUGGUUCUGGGAUUGAUCUUCGUGAUAAUCCGGUGGGAGAUUUUCUGUCGUCUAGGGAUGAGCCCCAGAUGAUUUCUGGUUCAUCACUUUUUGGGAAUGGUCACAAGAGAGACAACCUUGGCCUGGAUAAUCAUCAUUCUCUGAAUGGCAGUAACAAGCGGCUGAGAGGUGAUAGUCCGUGGAACUCCAAGCCAAUGGACUUUGAAGCAUGCAUCGAACAGAUGGAGCAUUGGAUGGGGAAAGCUAGAAUGAUGUAUGCAACAAAAGAUCAGGCUUGCGAAGAAUCUACAAUGAAUCAGCAACUCUUGAUUAAUGAGCUCCAGAAACGAGAUAACAUGAUUGAGCAUUUGCAUAAGGCAAAGUUAGAAGAGACUCAGAAAAGACAGAUUGAGGUAUAUAGGUUUGAGAAGGAACUUUAUAUGAUGCAAAGCCUUGUUGAUGGCUACAGAAAAGCCUUGAAAGAAACACGGAAGGCUUUUGCUGACUAUAGAGCAAGUUGUCCUCAAGGUGAUGAUGAACCACUUUACAAGGAUCUUCCUGGGUCUGGGGGCCUUGUUUUGACUGCGGUGGAGGUGGAAAGGGAACAGCUGAAGAAGGAAGCUGAAGAAAGGGCAAAGAUGAGAGAUUUUAUGAUAGAUUUUGAAAAGAAGACUACAGAUUUUGAAUCCACUUGGUUUGGUAAAUUUGAAGCUCAUAUGAGUACAGUUGAAUCCCUAAGUCAGAGGUUGCUGGUUUUGGAGGACCAAGUAAAACAUUUGAAUGAAGUGAGUGCUACUCGCAAGGUUUCUGAUCCCAUUGAAUCUGAUCCCGUUGAAUUCAAGGUUUCUGAUCCUAUUGAGUCCGAUCCCAUUGAAAGUAAGGUUUCUGAUCCCAUUGAAUGCAACGUUUCUGAUCCCAUUGAAUGUAAGGUUUCUGAUCCUAUUGAAUGUGCUCCAACACCUGAAGGAGAAACUGCUUAGUAAGGUUUAGCUUUUUCAGUAGCUCAGUAGCACUUGAUUAAAAUCUGUUCACACCAAGUUCAAAGCUGCAGGUUGUUUAUAUUUAUAAAUUAUAAUGUACAGAGCUUUAUCUUGAAACCGAGACCUUUAACUAGGGUAAUUCUUACCUUGAAUUGUCUGAGAUCAAGUCACAAAUUAUGGAAACUUAUUUUCUGUGUUUCACAUCUCUAUGAUGUUUAUUUCUUCUUU